GAACGUAUACGUUCUCUUAUUAUACUAAUAAUAAUUGAGCAUGUUGUUGAGAAAAGUCUGUCAAAUGCAUUAUAUAUUUAUAUUUUAAUAUUUCGCGUAUACACAUAUCUCAAAAAUAGUUUUUACUUACGUUGAGUUCAUAGCAGAGAACGUAUAUUGAUGAUGACAUUUGCAUCAUUCACAUUAGCAACAUGUUCCUGCAACAUUUCAACAUCAAACAAAACAAAGCAGAGCGCACAGCUGAUCUUGACAUUUACGACUUAUAGCUGAUUUAUUUAUUGCAGCAAAGUAAAAAAUUGCAAUUUGUAAAUUUCGUGUAGAAAACUUAUCAAACUAGUUUACAGAAAAGUUAAAAUGUUUUGUUGUUUGCGUACAUGUUUUAACGAUAAUAUGAGGAAAACAGCUUCCUCAGCAGCUAGUAGAAUGCGUGAGCCAGACAUAUAUCUCGAUUCUUCGUUUGCGGGACCUGAUGUUAUACUACUCUCGAGACAGCUGCGAAUUACUGGCUCUGGCGGCGUCUUAGCCACUGCACCACUUGUACAAUCCAAAUCAUACUUCGAAAUAAAAAUACAACAAGGUGGCAGUUGGUCGGUCGGUUUGGCAACGCGUCAAGCAGAUUUAACGAAAAAGUUUGGUGGCAGUGACAAGGAAUCGUGGUGUCUUUGCUCAGACAACGCCACACGCCAUAACGAUGAAACUUUCCGUCCAGUGGUAGUAACAACACAAGAACCAAUUAGCAAUGGCAUUAUUGUUAAGGAUUCUGCAGCGGCAGCUGGCCUCAUUGGCAUUGAAGAUGUACCUGAAGAUAAUUUACUUGGCGAUGCUCUAAAUGUUAGCAGUAAUUGUGAGGGUAACCUAAUCGCACAACCACAACAUAAUUUUCCCGAUGAAGGUGAUAUUGUGGGUAUUGCAUUCGAUCAUAUAGAAUUAAAUUUCUAUUUUAAUGGUAAAAAUUUGGAAGUGCCAUUUCGUAAUGUAAAGGGUGCCGUGUACCCAGUUAUAUUCGUGGGUAAUGAUGCAAUCGUGGACAUUAUUUUGAACAAUUUCCACUACGGUGCGCCGCCAGGUUUUGAGAAAAUUAUGCUUGAACAAUCUCUGCUCUAAACUUACCUGUUUCAAUGGCGUGUACGUUUCGUGGAACCAUCGUGUGCUAUUAUGGCAGCAGUCAUAUUGUUUAAUCAACUAUAAUUUAUUGACAUGUAAAUAUGACCCCUCACACUAUAAAUGAAGCGAACACAUUAUUUUUUACUAGUCAAUGAACAUUUCCAAGUAUUAAAUUGUCUACUCUGCAUUUCGUCACUAAAAUACUUAAGAUUUAAAAAAUUUAACUCAUUAGUUCCACUGGAAUACUAAAACAAAGACUACUUGUAUUUAUUUUAUAUAUGCUAUGAACAUUUUACACAAAUAUUUUUUCUAAUAUAAAAUAAUUAAUUUAUGCUAAAUAAUAAUGUUAAGCAAAAAUACUUACAAUAAACACAAUUAAGCUUAUAAAAUUAUACAAAUGUAAAGUAAUACACCCUUUUGCUUGCACCAUGAAAAAAUCAAAAAGCCUAUUACCUAUACUAUAUAUUACAAUAUUUCGUUUAAAAAUAUGUGUGUCCAUUUGAAAACAUUAAUUUUCAUGUUCGUAUACACCUUAACCUAAAAGUCUGCGGACAAUAAUAUUGAAGUUUCAAAUAUACGAAACAGUCGCUUACAAUAACUGUAAUGAUUAUAUAAAUACCUAAGUUUGUAUGUAUAUAUUAUUCUGAUGUUAUUAAUAAAACGAGACACUUUGAUGCAAGUUCAAUUCCUUGCAAGCAA